CAAGGUAGCCAUCUUGUUUGCCGCACCGGACAAUAUUCACGCCGUCUCGAUGGACAUAUCCAGGUAAAAUCUCCCAUUUUCUUCAUCGUUUGGGCAGAUUAUUAUUCCUGCAACAAUUUAAGUGUGUUCGGGGAUGAUUAUGGCGGCGACAGAAGCUGAUACCCUGACGAGGAAGCCACAGCAAGUAACACGGACGCGUUCACUAGUUACAACAACGGGUACGGGUGCCGCCUAUGCACACCAUCUAGCGGACGCGUCAAGGACUGUUGGCGAUCCUGCCUCGCAUGUUGAACUGCCACCUAUAGCACCUGCAAAAACGCAUCAUCGUCACCACCAUAUUACGACUAAACAUGAGGCAUUAGGAAGCGUGCAAGUACAACAACUGUAUGAUGACGAUCACCAUAAGCAAAUCCACGGCGAAGGUUCCCAUGUGCAUCAUAAUCACCAUAUACAUCAUGUACAACCGCAGCCUCCACCGCCAUUGCCCGAUGUCAGAAGACAGCAUAGUGCUGCUAGUCUCGGCUCUAAAUCGGGAUCGGCAAAGGGUAAAAUUACGACCAUGUCUCCGGAAGAAUCCAUGAAGCAAUACAUGCAUAAGCUAACGUCAUUCGAGCACCACGAGAUUUUCAACUAUCCCAGUAUCUACUUCGUCGGACCAAACUCGAAGAAGCGUCAGGGUGUUAUAGGUGGCCCCAAUAACUGUGGUUACGACGACGAUCAAGGAUCAUACCUACAUGUGCCCCACGAUCACAUAGCUUACAGGUACGAAGUACUCAAAGUGAUCGGCAAAGGUAGCUUUGGACAGGUUGUGAAAGCCUACGAUCACAAAACUAACCAGCAUAUUGCGUUGAAAAUGGUUAGGAACGAGAAAAGGUUUCAUCGGCAGGCGCAGGAAGAAAUUAGGAUUCUUGACCACCUUAGAAAACAAGACAAGGAUAAUAACAUGAAUAUUAUACACAUGCUGGAAAAUUUCAAUUUUCGAAAUCAUAUGUGUAUUACGUUCGAGCUACUUAGUAUGAAUUUGUAUGAACUCAUCAAGAAAAACAAGUUUCAAGGAUUUAGCUUACAACUUGUUAGGAAGUUUGCACAUUCGCUUUUACAAUGUCUAGAUGCCCUCCACAGAAAUAGGAUUAUCCAUUGUGAUCUAAAGCCAGAGAAUAUUCUCCUAAAGCAACAGGGUCGCAGCGGGAUUAAGGUGAUUGAUUUUGGAUCAAGCUGCUAUGAGCAUCAGCGUAUUUAUACAUACAUCCAGAGUCGGUUUUAUCGUGCUCCAGAAGUUAUACUUGGGGCACGUUAUGGAAUGCCUAUUGAUAUGUGGAGCUUUGGUUGUAUAUUAGCAGAACUUUUGACUGGAUACCCUCUUCUUCCUGGUGAAGAUGAGGGUGAUCAGCUGGCAUGUACCAUUGAAUUAAUGGGAACGCCACCUCAGAAGCUGUUGGAUCAAGCAAAACGGAGUAAAAAUUUCUUCAGUUCAAAAGGUUAUCCUCGCUAUUGUACAGUUACAACGCUACCAGAUGGUUCAACCGUCCUCAACGGAGGUAGGUCACGAAGAGGAAAGAUGCGUGGCUCACCUGGUAGCAAGGAUCUGGUCAAGGGGUUAAAAGGAUGUGAUGACCCUCUCUUUCUUGAUUUCCUUCGUAAAUGCCUAGAGUGGGAUCCUACUACGAGAAUGACACCAAACCAGGCACUUCGACAUCCUUGGUUACGUCGGCGACUCCCUAAGCCACCAACCCAGGAAAGUUCGGCGUCAGCACGUCACAGGCGCCACAGUAGUUCAGGGGCUGUUGCUAAGCUUCCCCCUGGUGCCGUAGCCAGUGGUAAAACCCGUCAAGUAGCUCCUGCUGGAGCCCCAGAUGGACAUCCAACAGCACAUGGCUAUACACAGCGCACGGUACUGCCCAAGAUAGUCAGUUAAUGAUGAUAUGUUACCUUGAACUGAAAACUGUGUACACCCAGUGUACUUAUAAAUUACAUAGACUGAAAUGUUGUGUACAUAAUUUUACCCCCUGCAGGGAAUGAAUCAAAUUGUAUCAUCCACUUUGUGUGUGGAAUUUUUUUAACAAAAAAGAUUAUUCUUACCCUUGAAGGAUGUAUCGUUGAACAGAUUUUAAUAUAAUUUUUAAAGAAAUUAACGAUAUAAACUUUAAGAUGCCUUAAGAUAUUUUAGAUUAUUUUUUUUUUGAACACUGAAACAUGACACAGUUUUAUCUACAAAUUGUGUGCCGUGUGUGAGUUGUCUGGUUCUACACUGUCAGCUUUUGAAAACACUGUAAAUAUAAUUGCAGAGGAAUGUACAUUGAAUAUUUUUUUUCUGUUGUGGUCAUUUCCCUGCGUCUGUCUUGCAUAUAUUACAUUCCAAUUGACGUCAUUCUGUUCAUGCCUUUUUUUUCUGGGCCUCAUUACUGUUGGCAUGGUUUAUUGCAUUCAGAGUGUGUGUAGGGGAGGGGGGAUAUGAAUGUUUUGUUUUUAUUUUUACAAGUGAAAAAAAAGUGAGCUCCGUCCGUUGUUAAUUUUAAAGUGCAGAAGCUUAAGAGUUUUAUUUUGUAUGUAGAAAUGUUACAAUACUCAGGCCCCUUUUAAUGUAGUAGAUGUUGCCUGGAGACAAGAGCACAUUGAAUUUUACCUGUAUACUACUUAUCUGUGGAUUUAAUUUAUGAUCGCACAUCAUGAAAUGAAUAUCUUGGGCAAUACUGAAUGAAUGUAUUUCACAUUGAAUGUGAAUAUUUGAAAUUACUACAUACCGAUAGGGCUAAAAGAACCCAUUAUUGGGUAACUUUAUAAUUUGCUGUGUCAGGGUGAAUAUAUUUAUGUCUCUUGUUUUCACAGAAACUUGAUGUAAAUUGUAAAUAAAGUAACCACAUUUUAGAACUAGUUUUAGAAAAUAUUUUUCUAUAUUCUGUUUCUGACCAAAUAUAAUAAUAACUGUUGGUGAGGUCCAUUCUGAAAUAUGUGCUUUAUAUACGAUGAUCGUGUAGAAGCAAGUCCUCUCCCCACAAUGUGAAGUGAUUCCAUCAUAUUUAAAUAAAAAGAAGACGCGCUCUUUGCCGUGUACUGUUCUCUUAAAACCCUUUCCAUCCAUUUUCAAGUGUCUGUUGGUGCCAAUGUUUUUUUUGUUUUUUUUUCUGUACACAGACCAAACUGCUUGUCCUUUUUUUGCGACAAUGUGUGUUAUAACUAUAUUUUUAAUAAUUGUACAAAUAGCCAGUUUUUUAAUCCCCCUGUUGACUUAAAUGGUGUUCAUUUAUAUAAUGUACUGUAUAAAAUUGAUUCACUUUUUUGGCAUGCAGAGCUGAUGUUUGCAUUGUGACCUCGGUCAUUAGUUCACUGUGCUGUGGUGCAUACAUGCAAACAUACAGCACUCUGCCAGACUGUGAUGCUUUCAUUAAACUGUUCCCAAACCACUGUUGAUAAUUAUUAUAGCGAGUGAUUUUUUUUUUUGAAUUACAAUUUAAUGUGCGGGGGAUACCCAUACUGCUUGGUCAGUAAAUGAUUAAAAUGAGUAUUCCUAAA